AUGCGAGGCCCACCACCAGGGAUGCCAUCCACCUACGACAGCAAUGGCGCAGGCCCCUCGCGCAUCCUUACUCAGGAACAGAUUGAGGCAAAGGGGAGGAAAUGGCAGCAGAUGCAAAGCAGAAGAUUUGGCGACCGUAGGGGAAAGAGCGGCUUCGUCGAUACGGGCAAGCAGGAGAUGCCACCUGAGCAUGUACGAAAGAUUGUCAAAGACCAUGGCGACAUGAGCAACCGCAAGUUCAGGAACGACAAGCGCGUACACCUGGGCGCCUUGAAAUACAUCCCUCACGCCAUGAUGAAGCUUCUGGAGAACAUCCCUAUGCCUUGGGAGCAGGUACGAGAAGUGCCUGUCCUCUAUCACAUCACAGGAGCCAUCACCUUCGUCAAUGAUGUGCCCAAGGUCAUUGAGCCGAUAUACCACGCUCAGUGGGCGGCAAUGUGGCUAGCCAUGAGGAGAGAAAAGCGCGAUCGACGCCACUUCAAGCGCAUGCGCUUCCCUCCUUUCGACGAUGAGGAGCCACCGAUGGACUACGGCGACAAUUUGCUGGAUGUCGAGCCGCUGGAAGCAAUCCAGCUCGAGCUCGACGAGGAGGAGGACUCAGCGAUCAUCGAUUGGUUCUACGACCACAAGCCGCUGGCAGACGACCCUGAGCACGUCAAUGGCACGUCGUACAAGUAUUGGACACUCGACCUGCCGAAGAUGGCAGCGCUGUAUCGCCUGGGCAAGACGCUUUUGUCCGACUUCAACAGCGGCGACUCCAACUACUUCUACCUCUUUGACCGCAAGGCCUUCUUCACAGCCAAGGCACUCAAUAUGGCCAUUCCCGGUGGUCCGAAGUUUGAGCCACUCUUCAAGGAUGCGGAGAGCUACGAUGAUGACUGGAACGAGUUCAACGAUAUUCGCAAGGUCAUCAUUCGCCAGCAGAUUCGCACAGAGUACAAAGUGGCGUUCCCGCACCUCUACAACAGCCGCCCGCGAGCCGUACAUCUGGGCAUCUACCACGAACCCAAGAACGUCUUCGUUCGCACCGACGACCCGGAUCUGCCCACCUUCUUCUUUGACCCGGCCCUCAACCCCAUCUCAAGUCGUGGUCUAGCAAACGCAGAUGCGUUUGACAAAAUCGAUGCAGAUGGGGAGCGUAUUCUGAGUCACGAGGAUGCGGUGUUUGGCGAGGGUAUUGAAGGCGAUGACGAGCUGCCGGAUGAGGAGGCGUUUAGCUUGCCAGAGGGCGUGGCGCCAUUCAUGGAGGAUGAACCGCUCGAGAGAGAAUACACUUCGGACGCUUUGGCGCUUUGGUGGGCGCCCGCUCCCUACAACAGGAACAGCGGUCGCACUAAACGCGUGCUAGACGUUCCCCUCAUCGAGGGAUGGUACAUGGAGCACUGCCCGCCUGGGCAGCCAGUCAAGACGAGGGUCUCCUAUCAAAAGCUGCUCAAGCGCUACGUUCUCAACUGCCUGUCGACGAAGCCGCCCAAGUCUGGAAAGAAGAGAUACUUGCUCAAGCAGCUCAAGUCGACCAAAUUCUUCCAAACGACGCAGCUCGACUGGGUUGAGGCUGGCCUGCAGGUCGUGCGACAGACCUGGAAUGCCCUCAAUCUCCUCAUCCACCGCAAGGGCUUGCACUAUCUUCACCUCGACUACAACAUGAACUUGAAGCCAGUCAAGACCCUGACGACCAAGGAGCGCAAGAAGUCACGCAUGGGUAACUCAUACCAUCUCAUUCGAGAACUCGGCCGCCUCACUAAGCUCAUCGUCGACUCACACAUCAUGUUCAGGCUCGGCAAUGUCGACGCCUUCCAGCUUGCCGAUGGCCUACAGUACACGCUGAAUCACGUCGGCCAGCUGACGGGCAUGUACCGGUACAAGUACAAGCUGAUGCACCAGGUGCGAGCAUGCAAGGACCUGAAGCACGUCAUCUACCAUCGCUUCAACUCGGGGCCAGUGGGUAAGGGUCCUGGUGUGGGCUUUUGGGCUCCAUCAUGGAGGGUCUGGAUGUUCUUCUUGCGCGGCAUCGUUCCUCUACUCGAGAGAUGGCUGGGCAACUUGCUCGCCCGUCAGUUUGAGGGUCGUAACAGCAAGGGCGGCGCAAGCACCGUCACGAAGCAGCGCGUCGAGUCGCACUUCGAUCUCGAGCUGCGUGCCGCUGUGCUCCACGACAUUCUCGAUCAGAUGCCAGAGGGCAUCCGCCAGAACAAGAGCAAGACGAUCAUGGCUCACUUGCAGGAGGCCUGGCGAUGCUGGAAGAGCAACACACCGUGGCGAGUGCCCGGUAUGCCUGCACCUAUCGAGAAUAUCAUCUUGCGCUACGUCAAGCAGAAGGCGGACUACUGGACGUCGGUGGCGCACACCAACCGAGAGCGCAUUCGUCGAGGAGCUACGGUAGACAAGACGGUCGCACGUAAGAACCUGGGCAGACUCACGCGUCUUUAUCUCAAGGCCGAGCAGGAGCGUCAGAAUGGCUACCUCAAGGACGGACCGUACAUCACCAGCGAGGCAGCCGUCGCCAUCUACACCUCGACUGUCCACUGGCUUGAGUCACGCCGCUUUGCGCCCAUCCCCUUCCCGUCGCUCAACAACAAGAACGAUACCAAGCUUCUCGUCUUGGCGCUGGAGAAUCUCAAGCAGCAGUACAGCGUGCAGGGUCGUCUCAACCAGAGCCAGCGAGAAGAGCUUGCUCUCAUUGAGCAGGCCUUCGACAAUCCGCACGAGACUUUGGCUCGAAUCAAGCGACUGUUGCUCACACAGCGAUCGUUCAAGGAGGCAGGCAUUGAGUUCUUCGACACCUAUGAGAAACUCAUUCCGACAUACGCCAUCGAGCCCAUCGAGAAGCUUACUGAUGCCUACUUGGAUCAGUACCUGAGCUACGAGGCAGACAAGCGUCAGCUCUUCCCGCCAUGGAUCAAGCCCUCGGACCAGGAGCCGCCCCCCUUGCUCGUCUACAAGUGGUGUCAAGCGAUCAACAACCUCGACAAUGUAUACGACACGUCGAAUGGAGAGUGCAACGUCUUGAUGGAGACCUCGCUGGACAGAGUCUAUGAGAAGAUAGACAUUACCUUGCUCAAUCGCCUCUUGCGUCUUGUCCUCGACGCCAACAUCGCCGACUACAUGACAGCCAAGAACAACAUUCCAGUCGUAUUCAAGGACAUGACGCACAUCAAUAGCUACGGUCUCAUCCGCGGCCUUGCCUUCAGCCAUUUCAUCUUCUCGUACUACGGUUUGGUGCUCGACUUGCUCAUUCUCGGCCUGCAGCGAGCCAACGACAUGGCGGGUCCUCCCUCGACGCCAAAUGGCUUCCUGCAAUUCAAGGACACCGCCACCGAGACGCGACACCCCAUCCGUCUCUACACGCGCUAUGUCGACCGCAUCCACAUCUUCUUCCGCUUCGAGGCCGACGAGAGUCGCGAUCUAAUUCAACGCUACCUCAGUGCUGAGCCAGAUCCGAAUAACCAGAACCUGCUCGGCUACAACAACAAGCGCUGCUGGCCCAGAGAUUGCAGGAUGAGGCUGAUCAAGCACGACGUCAACCUUGGUCGCGCCGUCUUCUGGGAAAUCAAGAACAGGUUGCCGCGAGCCCUCACAACGAUUGAGUGGGACACUACCUUCGCCUCGGUCUACAGCAAGGACAAUCCGAACACGCUCUUCUCGAUGGGCGGCUUCGAGACAAGGAUCCUGCCCAAGGCGAGAGCCGGCGAUGUGAACGAGGCGAGAGAUGCUGUGUGGUCUCUAGUGCAAAGCGCUACGGGAGAGCGCACAGCGAAUGCCUUCCUGCGCGUCAGCGACGAGGGAGUGCAAGCAUUCAACAAUCGUGUCCGGCAGGUCCUCAUGUCUGCAGGUGCGACGACAUUCAGCAAGAUCAUCAACAAGUGGAACUCGACUCUCAUUUCGCUCAUGACCUACUACCGCGAGGCCGUUGUCUCCACGCCCGAACUUCUCGACGUCAUUGUCAAGGGCGAGUCGAAGACAAUGGCGAGGAUCAAAGCCUCGCUCAACUCCAAGAUGCCGUCGCGUUUCCCUCCCGUCCUCUUCUACUGCCCGAAGGAGCUUGGUGGCCUCGGCAUGCUGUCGAUGAGCCACAUUCAGAUCCCUGCGUCCGACUUGCGAUGGUCCAAGCAAGUCGAUGGCUCUAUCACUCACUUCAGAGCCGGAUUGAGGACAGGAGGUGCAGAGGACGAGGAGGCUCUCAUCCCCGCCUUGUACCGAUACCUUGUACCGUGGGAGUCUGAGUUCGCCGACAGUGCUCGAGUCUGGUCCGAGUACGCUCAGAAGCGCAAGGAGGCCAACGCUCAGAAUCGUCGCCUCACCCUUGAAGACCUCGAGGACUCGUGGGAUCGUGGUCUACCUCGUAUCAACACGCUCUUCCAGAAGGACCGCACUGUGCUAGCCUUCGACAAGCAGUGGCGCAUGCGUCAACACUUCAAGCAAUACCAGAUCCUCAAGCACGAUCCUUUCAUCUGGACCAAUCAGCGCCACGAUGGAAAGCUCUGGAACCUCAACGCCUACCGAGUUGAUGUCAUUGCGGCGCUCGGCGGUAUUGAGGGCAUCCUUGCGCACACGCUCUUUGCUGGUACGGCGCAUACGACGUGGGAGGGUCUCUUCUGGGAGAAGGCGUCUGGAUUCGAGGAGCAGAUGAAGUUCAAGAAACUCACCAACGCUCAGCGCUCUGGUCUAUCGCAAGUGCCCAAUCGUCGAUUCACGCUCUGGUGGAGUCCGACGAUCAACCGAGCCAACGUCUACGUAGGUUUCCAGGUGCAGCUCGACUUGACGGGCAUCUUUAUGCACGGCAAGCUGCCGACGCUCAAGAUUUCGUACAUUCAGCUUUUCCGUGCUCACUUGUGGCAGAAGAUCCACGAGAGCGUCGUCAUGGACCUGUGUCAGGUCUUUGACCAGGAGCUUGAGGCGCUGCAGAUUGAGACGGUGCAGAAGGAGACGAUCCAUCCGCGAAAGUCGUACAAGAUGAACUCGAGUUGCGCAGAUGUGCUCUUAUUCGCCAGCCACAAGUGGCCCAUCUCGCGCCCUUCGCUGUUGACGGACGGUCGCGACGUCAUGGACGGCUCCAGUACGAGCAAAUGGUGGUUGGACGUACAGCUGCGAUGGGGUGACUUUGACUCACACGACGUGGAGCGCUACGCUCGCGCGAAGUUCCUCGACUACACAAGCGACUCGACGUCCAUCUACCCUUCGCCCACUGGUGUUCUGAUUGCCCUCGAUCUGGCUUACAAUCAGUACUCGGCGUACGGCAACUGGUUCCCCGGCUCCAAGGCGCUCAUUCAGCAGGCGAUGGGCAAGAUUCACAAGGCCAACCCUGCCCUGUACGUGCUGCGUGAGCGCAUUCGCAAGUCGCUCCAGCUGUACAGCUCCGAGCCGACAGAGCCCUACCUCACGUCGGGCAACUACGCCGAGCUGUUCUCGAACCAGGUCAUUUGGAUGGUCGACGACACAAACGUGUACCGCGUCACGAUCCACCGCACCUUCGAGGGUAAUCUGGUCACCAAACCCAUCAACGGAGCCAUCUUCAUUCUCAACCCACGCACUGGUCAGCUCUUCCUCAAGAUUAUUCACACUAGUGUCUGGGCUGGCCAGAAGCGUCUGGGCCAGCUGGCCAAGUGGAAGACGGCUGAAGAAGUGGCCGCCCUCGUCCGCUCAUUGCCCGUCGAAGAGCAGCCCAAGCAGGUCAUUGUCACGCGCAAGGGUAUGCUUGACCCGCUCGAGGUCCACUUGCUCGACUUCCCCAACAUCGUCAUCAAGGGCUCAGAGCUGCAGCUUCCCUUCCAGGCCUGCAUGAAGCUCGAAAAGUUCGGUGACCUCAUUCUGCGAGCGACGCAGCCACAGAUGGUCCUGUACAGUCUGUACGAUGAUUGGCUGUCCUCCAUCUCGAGCUACACUGCCUUCUCUCGUUGCCUGCUCUUGCUGCGCGCCCUCCACGUCAACCAGGAGAAGGCCAAGAUUAUCCUCCGCCCCAACGUUUCGACCGUUACUGAGGCGCACCACAUCUGGCCGACAUUGAGCGACGACGAGUGGGUCAAGGUUGAAGUAGCCUUGCGCGACCUCAUUCUCCAGGACUACGGGAAGCGCAAUUCGGUCAACGUGGCCUCGCUCACCAGCUCCGAGAUUCGCGACAUUAUCCUCGGGCAGGAGAUCCAGGCCCCGUCAGUGCAGCGUCAGCAGAUGGCCGAGAUCGAAAAGAGCGCAGAGGCGGCCCAGCAGGUGACGGCCACGCAGACGAAGUCGUCGAACAUCCACGGCGACGAAAUCACGACGGUGACGACAACGCAGUACGAGACGCAGCACUUCAGCUCCAAGUCCGACUGGAGAGUGCGCUGCCUUUCGUCGACGAAUUUGCCGCUCAGGUGCCAGCAUCUCUACGUCAGCAACGACGAUGUCAAGGACGACAUUGGGUCGCUCACGUACGUCCUGCCUAAGAACAUCCUCAAGACCUUCAUCGUGAACGCCGAUCUGCGCACGACGGUCGCCGGCUACCUGUACGGUGUUGCUCCGCCGGAUGCGCCUAGCGUGCGCGAGGUGAAAGUCAUCGUCUGGGUCCCGCAGCGUGGCAGCAAUAACAGCGUCGAGCUUCCUUCGGACCUGCCGCAGCACGACUUCAUGCUUAAGGACCUGGAGCCACUCGGCUGGAUCAAGACGCAGGCGAUGGAUCUGCCCCACCUCUCGUCGAUGGACGUGGCCUCGCAUGCGCGCACCAUGGCUUCGCACCCAGAGUGGGGCGCAAGCUCCAUCUGCAUCACUGCGGCCUUCACUCCAGGCUCGGUCAGCUUGGCUGCGUACAAUCUAUCGGUCGCGGGCUUCGAGUGGGGUCGCAAGGCCAACCAAAGCGAUGCUGCCUCGGGUCAAGGAGGGUUCAACCCGUCGACAAUGGCGGACAAGGUACAGCUCCUCCUUUCUGACCGCAUUCUGGGCACUACGCUCGUCCCGCAGGACAAGGUGUGGAACUACGGGCUGAGCUUGAGCGCUCAGUGGAGCCCGACGGUCAAGACUGGGUACGUCUUGGAUGCGCCCAUCUCGUUCUGGAAUGAGGCGCAUAGGCCCCAGCAGUUCUUGAACUUCACGACGGCGGACGUAGGUGCCGAGGAGGGAGCCGAUGUGCACGAUGCGUUGGCGUAG